AUGACGCUUAGUUACCUGCUGUUGGGCAUUCUCUUCUUUAUUCAGACAGGAGUUGGGAUUCUUGGGAAUUUCUUCCUCCUGGGCCUAUACACCUUCACUUUACUCAAUGGCCACAAACUGAGGCCCAUAGAGUACAUUUUUGCCCACUUAGCCUCAGCCAACUCAAAAGUGCUGCUUUCCAAGGGAAUCCCUCAGAUGAUUGUCUGUUUGGGCUUCAAAAAUUUUUUGGAUCCCAUUGGGUGUAAAUUUAUUGUUUAUCUUUAUGCUGUGGCCCGGAGUGUUUCUCUCAGCAUGACCUGCCUCUUGAGUGGUUUUCAGGUCAUCACCAUCAGUCCCAGUAACUCCUGGUGGGCAGAACUUAAAAUCCAAGCCCCAAAGUGCAUUUUGCCCUCCUGUUUUCUCUGUUGGUGCUUCUAUCUGCUGAUAAAUUGCACUUUGCUUGGGACUAUGCAUAACUCAAGGUAUCGAACUAAUAAUACAAAGAUAUGGCAGCUGGGAUAUUGCUCAAUUUUAACUCCUGCCUCUUUUAAUGCUGCACUUUUUGCAAUCAUUUUUUCUAUGCCCGAUGUGUUGUGUAUGGGAUUCAUGAUCUGUUCCAGUGCCUACUUAGUGCUUCUCCUGCACAGACACCAUCAGCAAGUCCAACAUAUUCACAGCCCUCAUCUCUCUCCCAGAAUUUUUCCUGAGAAAAGAGCCACCCAGGCAAUCCUCCUACUAGUGAUCACCUAUGUCUCCUUUUAUUCCAUUAAUUCUAGCUUGUCAUUUUACCAAUUUAAAAUUAACAAACAUCCGCCUUGGUUCACACCCACCUUGGAUCUCCUAGCGGCAUAUUUCCCAGCCAUCAGCCCUUUUGUGCUGAUCUUCUCUGACUCCCAAGUCCUCAAAUAUUGGUAUGCUCUGUGGCAUAGGAGGCAUUGCUGUCUCCUAUGCCACACUGUCCACAACCAUACCCAUUUCCAGAAUUCUUCCCUAACACUGUAG